UGCCCCGUCCAUCCUUGUCUUCGCCCUCGUUCCUGAACCUGUUCUUCACGUAACACAACAGUUUGGACCGAAACCGAAUCGAAUAGAGAGAAAGAAGGCGUUUCGAUUGCCCAACAUGCCCUUCGACACUGAGCUGACCCGACGGUUGGGUAUCAAAGUACCCAUCGUCCAGGGCGGCAUGCAGCACGUCGGCACAGCCGACCUCGCCUCGGCCGUCUCCAACGCCGGCGCGCUGGGCAUCAUCACCGCCCUCAUCUUCCCGACCCCCGAGGAGCUGCGCAAGGAGAUCCAGCGCUGCAAGACGCUCACGACGUACCCCUUUGCCGUCAACAUCACCCUCCUCCCGGCCCUCGUGCCCCCAGACUACGCCGCCUACGCCCAGGUCGUCAUCGACGAGGGCAUCAAGAUCGUCGAGACGGCCGGCAACUCGCCCGGCCCCGUCAUCAAGCAGCUCAAGGCGGCGGGCGUCACGAUCCUGCACAAGUGCACCACGAUCCGCCACGCGCAGAGCGCCGUCAAGCUCGGCGUCGACUUCCUCAGCAUCGACGGCUUCGAGUGCGCCGGCCACGUCGGCGAGUCGGACAUUACCAACUUUAUCCUCCUCUCGCGGGCGCGGCAGUCGCUCAAGGUGCCGUUCAUCGCGUCCGGCGGGUUCGCGGACGGCGAGGGCCUCGCGGCGGCGCUGUGCCUGGGCGCGGUGGGCGUCAACAUGGGCACGCGGUUCAUGUGCACGCUGGAGGCGCCGAUCCACCACAAGAUCAAGGAGGAGAUUGUCAAGGCGCAGGAGACGGACACGGCGCUGCUGCUGCGGCGGUGGAGGAACACGACGCGGCUGUACAAGAACAAGGUCACGGAGGAGGCCAUCAAGAUUGAGGAGCAGAGCACGUCGGGCGAGUUUUCCGAGAUUGCGCCGCUCGUGAGCGGGAAGAGGGGCAAGGAGGUUUUCAUCACUGGUGAUCCUGAUUAUGGCGUUUGGACAGCCGGACAGGUUAUUGGAUUGAUUCACGACAUCCCUUCGGUCAAGGACUUGGUUCCUAGAAUAGAGAAGGAGGCCGAGGCGGCGCUGAAGGCGAGACUGGCGUUGAUUAAGCCGGCGGCCAAGUUGUAGAGGGAUAAUAUACAGAUGUUUCGUCGGGAGAAAGAGACAUACACAGAUAUGUAGAACAUUGACCUUGUACUAUGUGAUGAAU